AUGGAAAUUGACAUCUAAAAUCUUUAGGAAUCUUAAUAGGUUUUGCAAAAAUUGGAAUUGCAUUUUCAAAACAGGAAGAAAAUUAAAGAAAUGUAUCAAAACAAAGGCGUUUAAAUGCUUGAUAAGGAUGAACUACUUGUUUCUGAUAUUGAGGAACCUAAUUUGGGUAUUGGACAAGCUUCAAUUUAUGAAAACAUGAAAAGAGAAUUAACAGAAAAAGGCUACUCUGAUUUUAGGUUUUUAGGCUAGGGAUUAUAGGGAUUAGUAAUGCUAGCUAAAGAUUCGAAAAGUAAUAUAAGAUAUGCCAUCAAAGGUGUUUAAGUGAGAGAUGAUAAGGGAAAAGUUUAUGAUGAAGUUUAAAAUCUAGUAAAAAAUGAAAUAGAUAUACUCUAAAAUUGUAGAGGCUCACCUUAUGUUGUCAGUCUUUUAGGCUCAUUUGAAGGAAAAUUGUUUACCUACUUGGUUCUAUCUGAGUGUUAGGGAACUCUCACUGAAAUCAUAACAAAGAGCUAAAACAAAAGACUGAACGAAAUAUCAGCAAUCAAAUAUGCUAAAGAUAUUACUGAAGGUAUUUACUACAUUCACUCUAAGGGGUAUCUUGCUAAUGAUCUGAAAAUGGAAAAUAUCUUAAUUGACUACAAUGGAAAUGCCGUUGUCUCUGAUUUUGGAUUAGCAGCUAAACUGACAGUUAAAUCAGAAUAUUCAGAAGAUGAAUAUAUGGGAAACUUUUAUUAUCAAGCACCAGAAUGCUAUGGCCCAAAUGACAAUAUAGGUAAGGUUUAUUAUGAUGAAUAUAAAAAACAAGAUGUAUAGGUGUAACAAUUACCAAGCAUUAGAAGUGAAGCAUUUUAUUUAGGAUAUCUUAUUUAUUCUCUUGUCUAGGGAAUAGAUUUGAAACUUAUAUUUAGUAAGCAUCAGCCCUUGGAUUAUAAAGAAUUUUAAAAUUUUGGUUAUCACAAAUAGCUUUAAUAUUUAAUUAAUGAAUUAACUUAAUUUGUCCCAAGGAAAAGAUUGCCCAUUUUUGAGGCUUUAAUUGUUUUAAAAGGAAUUAUUUGUAUUGAAUUUUAGUUAGAUGACAUGUUUAUUGAUAUGAUAGAUGGAAACACUCAACAGUUUACUAGCUCACUCAAAAAUGAAAUUGAAUUCGUUGAGGAUUUUCCAAAUAAGUUUUAUCCCAUUGUGUAACAAAAAUUUUUCUAAUUUACUGCUUUUUCUAACUACUUUUAAAGUAAAAACGAAUAGAGCUUACUCUAAGAGUUGUAAGAGUUGAAAGAAGACAUUCAAAAAAAAGUUUAUGAUGCAAAAAAGGAAUAAUAAGAAAAAGUGAGCUAAUUAGAAGUAAAUAUUAAAUUUUUAUUAGACGAAUCUUAAUAAGCUUAUACAUAAUUAAUUAAAAAAUAAAUAUCAGAUGAUGAUGAUGAAUAUGGAUAGUACAGUUCUUUUAUAAAAUAAACUGUAAUAGAAAAAAUAUGA